GCGACAAUGCUGCAGCGGUGUAACGCCUUUGGUCGUAAAAACACAUUUAAAAAAGUGUUUAUUUACACGUUUUAAUUGUUAGGUGAGGUAGAAUGGAGUCUAGUGGCACUCUGCAUGGGCUCAUAGCUGCAGCUGCCUCUGUACACGCCCAGCGAGUGGCAGUGACAUUCGACGGAGGGUCCUUGUCAGGCGAUCCGGUGUCACUACUCUACCAGGACCUGCUUGCACUUUCUAGCGAACUUUCCCGCACUCUGCAGCAGCACUGCGGGAAAAAUAAUGGCGUAUUUGGACUAUAUUGUAACGACGAUUUGUUCGUGCCGGUGUGGGUUCUAGGGAUCCUGCAGACACCUGCUGCCUAUGUGCCAUUAGAUCCUGGAGUUCCAGGGCUUUUCUCUUCACGGGUUAUGAGCAAGUGUCGCCUUAAGUACUGUGCUGUGAAGAGCGACCUUCUGCAGGGUUUCCAGGCAGCGUUCACCCAGCACAUGAGUGUGGAGAUAUGCACAGACUUACCAAAGUUCAAACUCAUCGUGGUGCGGGUCAAGCACCUGACAGAUGAUGAGCUUGAUGAUGCAAAACCAGAAGCAUCGCAAUCCCUGUCCAAAGGAGGAAGAGCUUUGGCGUAUGUGCUGCACACAUCAGGAACGACUGGCCCGCCCAAGAUUGUGCGGGUUCCACACGAGUGCAUACUUCCCAACAUUCUGCACCUCAGGCGUUUGUUUGAGGUGAGUUGCAACGACGUGGUCUUCCUAGCAUCACCGCUGACCUUCGACCCGUCAGUGGUGGAAAUUUUCCUGGCAUUAUCAUCCGGCGCUCAACUCCUAAUCGUUCCUGCCGUGCUCAAGAAAAUUCCCCGCCAACUGUGCAGCCUUCUAUUUCGUCGUCAUAAGACCACGCUAAUGCAGGUGACGCCCACGCUGCUGUCUCGUUUCGGCCCACGUCGCCUCCGACAAGAAGUGCUGUCACGUGACUCACCGUUGCGCAUCCUGGCCUUGGGCGGCGAGGCGUGCCCGUCGGGGUUGAACGCUUGGCGCCAUGAAGACAACACCACCCUGAUGUUCAAUCUUUACGGCAUCACUGAAGUUUCCUGCUGGGCCACCUGCUACAAAAUCCCGACUGACAGCUCCGCAUCAUCCGCUGUGCCUUUGGGGAGCCCCCUGAUAGGCACCAAAGUGGAGGUGAGGGACGAAGACGGCGGCGUGGUGACAGAAGGCGAGGGCCAAGUGUUCAUAGGCGGAGACCAGAGGGUGUGCAUCCUGGACCAAGAGGAAACUGCAAUAGCUGGGACCAUGAGGGCCACGGGAGAUUGGGUGGACUUAAAAGGUGGGCAGAUGUUCUACUGCGGCCGGAAAGACAGAAGAAUCAAGCGUCACGGCAAACGUGUCAACCUCGACCACGUGCAGCAACUGCUCUCAAGUCUGCCCGUGGUGGACUCUUGUGCUGUUUGCCUACAUGAAACCUCCCGACUCCUCGCCUUCGUCGUCCCCGCAGCACCCGCGGUUUCCGAAGACGAUGGGUCCCCGUCCUCUCCGGACCUAAGCAGGCACCUCUUGAAGCAGCUGAGUCCACUACUUCCCUCCUACGCCGUUCCUGACACCCUUGUGCUUGUACCGGCCUUACCUCUCACUCCUCAUGGCAAAGUGAACUUACGGGCGUUGGUGAAAAUAUACCAAAGGCAACGAUUGGAUGCCAGUCAGUCACACAAAGAUGUCACAGGGCUCAAGAAAACAUUGCAAACUUUAUGGCAGGAUGCCCUCGGUCAGGAUGCGAACACCGAUUUGGAUGAGGAUUCCCGUUUCCUGUUCAGUGGCGGAGACUCCCUGAAGGCGCUUCGACUUUGCGAAGACGUCCUGGCCGCCACGGGAGUUGUCUCGCCUCGGCUUUUGGAGGCCAUCCUGGAUGGGACAUUCGCCGAUGUCCUGCACCUGUUGAUUGCGCCACGGGAAAAAAAACGCUUGGCAGAGAAAAUGGCUCCAGUGACCACAGAAAAAGGGAAGCCUUUAAAAGUCUUAAAACUAGAGUGUGGAGGUGGAAGAGGCGCCAUGGUCCUCAACGAGCGCUGGUCUUCGGACACAGGCAGAUGCGUGGAUGCUUCGCCGGCACUUUUAGUCCAGGAAGGGGAAGACGGUACCAGAACUACUGUGUUCAUCGGCUCUCACUCGCAUAGGAUGCAAGCUCUGGACCUGGACAGUGGACGCCUGCUUUGGGAGCGAGUCCUCGGGGGACGCGUCGAGGCGUCUGCUGCAGUGUCGCCAUGUAGGCGCUACGUGGUCGUAGGUUGCUACGACGGAGGUGUGUAUGUGCUGAGUGCCGACUCCGGGGAGACACACUGGGUCUUUGAAACGGGCGACGCUGUGAAGAGCUGCCCCGCUGCAGACCCCCUAACAGGCUGGAUGAUGGUGGGCUCACACGAUGGUUUUUUGUACGCGCUGGACCUCCAGGCUAAACGAUGCAUUUGGACGCGUGACUGCGAGAGCGGCGCAGUCUUUUCCUCACCCCACCUGGACACAACUUGCCGCCAUUUAUACGCGGCCACGCUAGGCGGCAAGCUGCUGUGUCUAAAUCCGGACAGCGGCAACGUCUUGUGGUCGCACUGCAGGAACGUUCCCUUCUUCUCCUCACCAAAGGUUGCCGGAGAUGCCAGUGUGGCCAUUGGGUCGGUGGAUGGGAAUAUCCUCUGCUUUGACAAAGGGGGCACACUGCUUUGGCAAUUCCUGACGGACGGCCCAGUCUUCUCAUCACCAUGCGUGACCUCCAACCUUCAGAGGCUCUUGUGCGGCUCUCACGACGGCCGCGUGUACUGCUUGAAUGCCACUGAUGGCUCCCCGCUUUGGACCUUCCAGACGGCGGGCAAAGUAUUCGCCAGCUCCUGCGCAUUUGACGGUGGCACGCGAGGUGAGCUUCUGGGCGUGGCCUCCACUGACGGCACAGUCUACAUCCUGGACGCUCGGGACGGAAGCGAGCUGUGCUCACGGACUCUUCCAGGGGAGCUGUUCUCCUCACCGGCGGUAUUUGGACGCUCACUUGUGAUUGGCUGUCGGAAUGAUUAUGUGUAUUGUUUACAAAUGGACUUUGAGCCAUAAGUUGUGAGGAGCAAAAUUAACAUGUUCAAAGAACAACUCAUGCAGCCAAUCAGUUCAGACAUAUUUAUUUAAAUUCUUUUUUUUUUUUCAUUCACCGACCUCCCUUUAUACGUUUGUAAGUGGGGAUCCCUCCCCAAAAAAGUGCAAAUGAUACCAAACUUUUUUUUUUGUUACACAUAACACUGCGUACACCAGCAAGGUAAGAAACGGAAGGCUUUGUCUUACAUACAGUAUAUAUGUUGCACGUUACGGCAGGAAGAACAUUAACAAUGAAGUGAUGAUGAUGGCCUACGAACAGGAUCUACAAUUGUACAGCAAGCAGGUGGUAACCAACAAGUCCCCACCAUUCUGUCACGGACACAGUGGAAAUAACACUGCUAGCCCUUAAGGAGACCCCAAGUGAAUCUUUCUGUCUUCACACUUGAUUGAAUAUUUACAAUCCCAGGGAUUGGCUACAAUAGGAAUAAAAAGCUGGAUUGGUGUGUUAGCCGCAUGCUUGCAACCUUUAAAUAUAUUCGAGUGCAGCCGCUGUGAAUGGGAGUCAUUGUGCAGUAGUAUGGUCUCCAUGCAGAGCUGGUGUGUGUGUGUGGGAAUGGAGUGCAGUGGUCCCCAACUUUUCCUCUUUUUUAAAAUUUUUUUAUUUUUGCAAUGCAGACUGGAAGCAAUAUUUUGACUUGCUCAGAAAGAAAAUACAGGGGGUACCUUGACAUAAGUGAUACAUUUUCCCACCCUAAUGAAUUUAAAUCAGCCGUGAACCCCUUGAAAAACAUUUUUGGUGUUUAAAAGCAAAAAUGAAAAAUCAUGACAAUUUCAAGUCUUUCACUGCUAGCCAUUUUACAGCAUCCAACAUGAGUGCCAUUCAAUUUAGUGCAUUUGGACUAAAGCUUCUUAAAGAAUACUCUUCAGUAGGAAACGGUUUGAUUCUAAAUUUUUGUGUUCUUUUGUAAGCAGCCAUAGAUCAUAUGUGUCCCUUGGGUUAUUCCCGGGACAUCUCUCCAUGUGUGAAAGCCAUGACACAGGAAUUUACCGGGAUAUACCGUAUUGGCCUGAAUAUAAGACGUUUUUUGCAUUGAAAUAAGAUUGAAAAAGUAGGAGUCGUGAUAUAUUCGGGGUCUAGACAUUAUACCCAUUCACGACGCUAGAUGGCUCCAGAUAUCAUUGAAGCGAAUGCUGAACUUGAGUAAUGUUCGGUCAUGACAGAUCUCAGCUACUCUCAAGUUUAAUCAAUUUGCAUUAUUUUAUUGCAAUGGUUUUCCUUAUUUCAGAUUUGUUUCAAGACUACAGUUACAGUUAGACCUCUCUUUGAUGGUUAAUGCAGUUAUUGCAAUUUUGUUGUUUUAUCACAAUAGAUUGGUUUAUUUACAUUUCAAAAACCAGAAGCCAUUCAUUUACGAAUGUGAUUGCACUUUAGUUUGCAUAUUUAAAUGUUCAGAUAUUAAGAUUUGAAUGAGGCAAAAUAACGUGCUUUUCCUCUCAAAUAUAUUAUCAUUUGUUUCAGAUAUACUGUAAUUAUUUUCUGUAUAAAAAUUAAUUUGGUGUUCAAAACGUCUUUUUUUCAAACUUGAGUCUUGAAAAAGAGGGGGUCGUCUUAUAAUCAAGGCCGUCUUAUAUUCGGGCCAAUAUGUGAAGUCUAAAAGGGGCUAUAGCUUUUUUUUUUUUUUUAAAUGCAUCAAUUUCUCAAUGUGUCCUCAAAAUAAUAGGGUCCGCUGUAUUAUUAAAUCAAUAGGAUGAAAGAAUAAAGAAUUGCUUUUACAGUUCAAAAACUUUACGGUGUGUCCUACUAAGUGAUAUUGCAAGCUUGAGUUCAAGUCAUACUUUGCACAUAAUAUGUAUUUUGUGUUUUACCAUUUAUCCCUUCCAACGAAUUACAGCCUGGUACUUCCAAGUCAAGGUACCACUGUAUUAAUCUAAAUCUCCAUUAUGCUGAAUGAAAUUGUCGCAAUCAUUAGCCCGGUGGUUAUUUGCAGCUCGCCCCUCCCAGUCAAAAGGGAUUGGAUGUCUUAUCACCGUCAAUGGCAGCAAAAGAGCUAAUAAUCACCGAUUUUUUUUUUUUUUUUCCCCCAACGGUCUCCAUCCAACAAAACAUUACCAGUCCUCAGCCUGGUCGUUGGGGACCGCUGAUUUUGUGAGAGGAUUUAUGAGGUUGAGGGAUUAUGGAGGUGGGGUUUUUACUUGAUGAUCUGAGGACAGUCACUCCAGGCUUUUGCCUUCCGCUUGGCAAGUGCCAGCCAGGCAGGCUCAGUGGAGACUUGGGUCGAGUCCAUGGCGGUGAAGCGCUUGGACACCUCUUUGACUGCGGGGGGUGAUGGGCUGGAGUCGGCGAUUUCCACUGGCAAAAAAAAAAAAAAUUGAGUUAGAUAAAGCACAGUAAAAUUUUACUAGAGAUGUUCCGAUCAGGCCACUUUUCAGAGUUUUGGAAACGGGUGAAAAGAAUCGGGUUUUUAAUUUUUGCUAUAUCUAAUGUUAA